UUUGCUGAAAGGAGUCUCGGUACAUCUCAGCUCCUAGCGUCGGGGGUUGCGGUCGGUCCAGUGAGAUUCUGUGUCUGCACUCAGCACUGAUUGUGCUGGGGGGAGCUCCAAGCAAGACCAUUCGUCCCAUCGUCAACGCUGCAAUCCCCUUACAGCUGCAGACGGUCGCUUCCUCGAUCGAUCACUGGAUUUUGUUGACUGUCCAUUUCCGGUUCAGUGAUGAGUGAGUGCUUGCAACUGGCCACUCUGGGCCGGCCUUUCCAGUUGGGAAUGCUGUACGACUGCCGAUCAGAUGCUCUGAUCCCAGGCGUCACCUUGUGGGACUUACAGACACUGCAGAACAACCUUGAUCGUCGUGACCAGCCCAGCACUGAGUUUCACAUCAUUGCAUCAGACUCCAUGGAGAAGAAAGCCAAUGCCCUCGAUGUGUCAGCAUCACUGAAGGCGAGUUUCCUGGGUGGGUUAGUGGAGGUGAAAGGGUCGGCAAAAUAUCUCAGAGACACGAAGGAAUCAAAGCAACAAGCACGAGUUACCCUUCAGUACAAAGCAACAACCAGGUUUGAACAACUGACAAUGAGUCACUUAGGGAGACAGAAUAUUACCUACCCGAGUGUGUUUGAUGAGGGCUCAGCCACCCAUGUCAUUACAGCAGUGUUGUAUGGGGCCCAGGCCUUCUUUGUGUUUGACCAAAUGGCUUCAUCAACAGAGAAGAUACAGGAUAUUCAGGGUAACAUGGAGGCAACAAUUAAAUGUCUCCCUAUGAUUGCGAUUCAGGGCGAGGCCUCCCUAGAAAUGACAGAAGAACACAAGUCUCAUACCGAGAAAUUUAGCUGCACCUUUUACGGGGACUUCUCGUUGAAGAACAAUCCCACCACCUUCAAAGACGCCAUCAAUAUCUAUGCAACACUUCCAAACCUACUGGGCUCAGAUGGAGAACAUUCAGUGCCCAUCACAGUCUGGCUCUAUCCUCUCAAUAAACUUGACUCGAAAGCUGCCCAGCUGGUGAGGGAGAUCAGCGUGCGACUGGUCAAUCGCUGCCAGGAUGUCCUAGAACAGCUCAAUGAGGCCGUGAUGAGGUGCAAUGACCUGAUGAAAGACAGUGUCGCAGUUCAGUUUCCUGAAAUUAUAAAUAUUAUACUUCGAUUCCAAAAGAUGUGUCUGGAGUACAAAUUAGGUUUCCAGGGGACUAUAUGUAAAGUUUUACCGUCCAUCCGGGGAGGCGGCGAGGAGGAAGUGUUGCUGGUGAAUAUACUGAAGAACAGGGAGCAGUCACCAUUCAAACACCAGGCACUGACCACAUGGCUGGAUGACAAGGCACGGGAGAUGAGGGUUGUGGGACGUUACCUCAGAAUAUUGAAAGAUAUACCAGUUGUGAAAUCAGAGAGUGAGUUAGAUGAAAUGUUUAUGGAUUUAGCAACAGUUUACGUGGUCUGCUUUACAUUUACAAAAUUACAUCAUGAGGAUCUCUACCUGUCAGAGGCAAACAACUACCUCCAAUCUCCCACAGCUCAGAAAAUAGAGACACAACCUCCUGUUGAUGGAGCCUGUACAAAACGACAAAGUGACUCCUGGCUUACCUUGCCAUCUGUGUCCCAGCAGAUGAGGAAGACAUCAGAAUCAUUCCUGGAAUUUGCCACCGCCAAUAUAGCAGAUGGGAAAAUAAAAUUUGCUGUUGGAUCUGUGCGGGAUGACAGCAACAUAGGAGCCUCAAUUUACCUGUAUGAUGGAGGACGUCUGGAGAACCAGUGCUUUGUUCCUCCGUCACAGCCCGAGAUACCUACGUCUAGUAGAACAACACAUGACAGUGUGACUCUGCAGUUACAGCCACCAACAUUUGGUGCCGGUGAGAUUGUGGGCUACAAGGUAGAGUACCGAGGUAGCCAGCAGGAGGAAUGGACAAUUCUGGAUACACCUGAUCAAUGCCACUCCUUCACAAUACCUGGGUUAGAGCCACACCAGGAGUAUCACUUCCGAUACAGAGCAGUGACCAAGGUAGGGGUCAGCAAGGUUAGUGAGAGCUACAGGGGCAUCACCCGGCCAGCAAGUCCACCUGGUAAACCAGUCUUCCAGGAUUGUUCACCCAGCGCAGCACUGCACUGGGACAGACCAGGUCAGAUUGGAGCUGAUGUUAAUAUAUUUCGGUACAGCAUUGAAUAUAGAGAAGAACCGUCAGUUAAUUUAACCAUGAAAGGUGGAUUAUGGGAGGAAGUUAAGACAACAGACACACAAUGCCACUAUUGUUUAGAGGGACUGAAACCCAUGACCGUCUACCGAGUCCGAGUGUCUGCUGACUGUGGUGAAACAGGGUCUAGUGAAGCAAGUGAGGAGGUUUCAAUAAAAAUAGGAAACACACCAAUCAGAAUAGCCCGGAAACUUCGCACAGACACUAAAUUAAUAUCCAAAGGAAACCCUUCCAUUUACAAGCUCAAACUACAGGAGGAGAUAGCUGAUAAAGUCAAACAGCUUGUGAAAUGCUCCUUCGGAAAACCCACCUCAAAACACACAAAGACAAUUAUGGUUCUGGGAGCAACUGGCUCAGGAAAGACAACCCUCAUCAAUGGGAUGAUCAACUACAUCUUGGGCGUGGAAUGGGGAGACAAUUUCAGAUACAAGUUAAUAGCGGAGGAAACAGGAAAAUCCCAGGCUGAGAGUCAGACAUCCUCCAUCACUGCCUACCAGCUCCACCAUCAGAAAGGAUUUAACAUCGAUUACUCUCUGACGAUCAUUGACACACCAGGAUUCGGGGACACCAGGGGCAUCAGCCGGGAUCAACUGAUCACUGAGCAAAUCCGUGAAUUCUUCUCUUCCCCACAGGGUGUUGAUCAGAUUGAUGCCGUGUGUUUUGUUGCUCAAGCCUCCCUGGCUCGCCUGACUCACGCACAGAAAUAUGUCUUUGAUUCGAUUCUUGCUAUUUUUGGCAAAGAUAUUGCAGAAAACAUUCAGAUCCUGGUGACGUUCGCAGACGGACAGCCUCCCCCCAUCCUGAGUGCCCUGAAAUUAGCUGAGGUACCGUGUCCCAAAGACAAGUGUACGGGUCUGCCAGUACACUUCAAGUUUAACAAUUCAGCCAUUUUUGCCCAGCGUCCAACCUCUGGAAACUAUGGCAACGAGUGCAGAUCCCAUGACAGCGGAGUAGGGGGAGGGAACGAUGAUAACUUUGAUGCAAUGUUUUGGAAGAUGGGAGCAAACAGUAUGAAGAAAUUCUUUACAGCUCUGAACACAAUGGAAACCAAAAGUUUGAGUUUAACCAGAGAGGUUCUGAAGGAACGUAAGCAGCUGGAAGUUGCAGUGGUGGGAUUGCAGACGCAGAUCCGAGUUGGUCUCACCAAACUGGAAGAACUCAGGAAAACGGAACAAGCUCUGAACCAACACCAAACCGAGCUGGAUGCAAAUAAAAACUUUGACUACGAGAUUGAAGUUACACAUCCAGUAAAGGAGGAUAUUAGUGGGACUGGUUAUUAUAUAACCAACUGUCAGAAAUGUUUCUUUACCUGCCACUUUCCCUGCGGCUAUUCUAACGACGAUGAUAAACGUGAAUGUUGUGCAAUGGACCAACAAGGGAACUGUAUGGUCUGUCCACUAAAGUGCAUCUGGAAUGUUCACUUCAACCAAAAGUACAAGUUUGAUUAUGUAACGAAAAAGGAGAAGAAGACAUACAGUGAGCUGAAAGAAAAGUACGAGAAGGCCUAUGGUGCGAAGAUGAGCCAACAGAAUGUUAUGGAAUCACUUAAGCAGGAGUUUGCUGACGUGAAGUACACAGUUCUGGCGCUGAUUGAUCAAUUAUCUGGCAGCAUUAGACGACUUGAAGAAAUAGCUCUGAGGCCAAACCCAUUAUCCACCCCAGCUUACAUUGACCUCAUGAUUCAGUCUGAGAAAGAAGAGGCGAAGCCCGGGUUCAUGGAGCGAAUUCAGACACUGGGGAAAGUAAAGGAACAGGCAGAGUUAAUACAAAAGGUAGCAAAUAAUGAGAAUAUGUUACCAGGGGGGUUGAAGGGAGGUCCAAUGGUUGGGAAAAGUGCUGGAAAAAAGACAGAAGGAAGAUUUUCUAAAGUAAUAAAUUGGUUCACAUUCAAAUAGUAGAUGAUAACAAUUCCAACUGUUCCCAAUAGAGGGUGCAAAUGUUUCACUCAGCCCUGAAACAAUCCAUUCUUCUAAUUCCCCCUCCUUCUCCUGCCUCACCUUCCCACAGCCUUUCACACCACACCUUGCUUCUUCAAUGCUGCCCCACCAUCACCAGCUAGCUGCCACUCCCUUCACCCUGCUACUUGGCCAAGUACCACAUCAUUACCUCAUGAGAGCCUGAAGAAUCUAUCCACAACCCUUCCUGUUCCAUGUUCAUGUUACCGCGCGGAAAGCUCACCUAAAUCACGGCGCCCAAUUCUUCACUAGAUGGGCUGCCCCCUGCACUAGAUCAUAACCUUCUUCCCCAAACCCCACUCUGUCCGUGAGGUCAGACGGCACAUUUCCCACUCAGCGUCAGAGGAGGGGAAGCUUUCUGUCAGCUCUGUGUCUCUCCCUGGUCAUCGCCAGAGUUCGAGUCACGGGCUGGUGGGGGGUAAUGUAGUCAUAGACAAUGUCAUGGAAACUGUUCUAUCCCCCCCCCCCCCCCCCCCAGCCUCAGGACAAGAUACAGAGUGCGCGUCAAACUCAGCAGGACUCGACCUCUGUCGCCACUGAGACAGCGACACACACACAGGAACUCCUCCAGCUCACAGGCACGUUGAGAAGUUGGUCUCAUCAAGAGCACGAGAAGGACCAAAUGAAAUGGAGCAUCACAUCACAGAACAACCUCCUUCACUCUCCAUGUGCUCACCACUCAGGGAUCAGUACCUUCCAUGUCCUGGACACCAUCACCCGAUGGACAAUGGACCUUCUCCAUGAAGAAGGAGCCUCAGGCCAAAGCCAACCAAAUACCCCCACCUGCACACAAAACCAUCUGCAAGAGGGACCACAGGGCACCAGACAUCUGGGAACUAGAGCUGGGAGACAGCUGCUGAGUAUCGCCGUCAUUGGAAUGUGAUCCAGAGUAGAUUACAUGGUGGUGUUUACAGGGAGAUGUGGAACUGGUUAAAAGCAAAUAUUGGUUGGG